AUGUGUGUCUACAGUAGGAACAGGUAACAGCCAAUCAGAAACGCGCUUUUCUUUCCGGAAGUCUUCGACCUGCAGCCGCUCGUUGGACUCUGUUACCGGAGAGUUACCGGAGGUACCGGAGAGUUACCGGAGCUACCAGAGCGGUACCGGGUUGUUAACGCGUCGCGUUGAAGCACUAAACAACGGAGACCCCGCGGUCUGACGACCGGAGGGAACACCUGUCCGCCACCGGAAACACACGAGGCGGCUCGGACCACACAAACCGACCGAAACUCCGGCGGGACACCUGUCCGCCUCCACCGGGACACCUGUCCGCCUGCGCCGUGGAGAUGCGCACUGAGCGUCCGGUGUCUCACCUGGAGGGAGCGGCAGCGCGCGCGUAGUUCGUUGGGUCGUCGUACACGAGCCGCACGAUGUCCGUGAACGAGCUGUUCACGAAGUUCACGCGGGUCUGGAUCCCCGACCCGGAGGACGUGUGGAGGGCUGCAGAGAUCACCAGGGACUACAAGGAGGGGGAGCCGCUGCUGCACCUGAAGCUGGAGGAUGAGACGCCUCUGGAGUACCCCGUGGGCCCCAAGAGGAACCCCCUCCCCUUCCUGCGUAACCCCGACAUCCUGGUGGGAGAGAAUGACCUCACGGCCCUCAGCUACCUGCACGAGCCGGCAGUGCUGCACAACCUGAAGGUCCGAUUCCUGGAGCCCAACCACAUCUACACCUACUGCGGCAUCGUGCUGGUGGCCAUCAACCCGUACGAGCAGCUGCACAUCUACGGCGAGGAGGUGAUCCGGGCCUACAGCGGCCAGAACAUGGGCGACAUGGACCCGCACAUCUUCGCCGUGGCCGAGGAGGCCUACAAGCAGAUGGCCAGAGAUGAGAGGAACCAGUCCAUCAUCGUGAGCGGCGAGUCUGGCGCCGGCAAGACGGUGUCGGCGAAGUACGCCAUGCGCUUCUUCGCCACGGUGGGCGGCUCCACCCGCGACAGCAACGUGGAGGAGAAGGUGCUCGCCUCCAACCCCAUCAUGGAGGCCAUCGGCAACGCCAAGACCACGCGCAACGACAACAGCAGCCGCUUCGGGAAGUACAUCCAGAUCGGCUUCAGCCGGCAGUACCACAUCAUCGGAGCCAACAUGAGGACCUACCUGCUGGAGAAGUCCCGCGUGGUGUUUCAGGCUGAGGAAGAGAGGAACUAUCACAUCUUCUACCAGCUGUGUGCCUGCGCCAGCUCACCAGAGUUCAAAGACCUCGGCCUCACCAGUGCAGAGGAUUUCAUCUUCACGUCGAUGGGGGAAAACAUCUCCAUCGAGGGAGUGGACGACGCUAAAGACCUGGAGAAGACCAGAGAGGCCUUCACGCUGCUGGGCAUCAAGGAGGCCAGUCAGAGCAGCCUCUUCAAGGUGGUGGCCUCCAUCCUUCACCUGGGCAACAUUAACAUCAGCCUGAACCGAGGAGGAGACUCCUGUCACGUCUCGAAGGACGACCUCCACCUGCAGCACUUCUGCCGGCUGCUGGGGUUGGAGCUGCCCCAGAUGGAGCACUGGCUGUGCCACAGGAAGCUGGUCACGGCCUCAGAGACCUACGUGAAGAGCAUGUCGGGCCCUCAGGCGGAGAACGCCCGCGGCGCGCUGGCCAAGCUGCUCUACGCCCGCCUGUUCACCUGGAUCGUAGGGCACAUCAACAAGGCGCUGCUCACCUCCGCCAAGCAGCACUCCUUCAUCGGGGUGCUGGACAUCUACGGCUUCGAGACCUUCGAGGUGAACAGCUUCGAGCAGUUCUGCAUCAACUACGCCAACGAGAAGCUUCAGCAGCAGUUCAACUCCCAUGUGUUUAAGCUGGAGCAGGAGGAGUACAUGAAGGAGCUGAUCCCCUGGACCCUCAUCGACUUCUAUGACAACCAGCCGUGCAUCGACCUCAUCGAGGCUCGCCUGGGGGUCCUGGACCUGCUGGACGAGGAGUGUAAAGUGCCCAAGGGGACGGACCAGAACUGGGCCCAGAAGCUCUUCAAGCAGCACUCCAGCAGCGCUCACUUCCAGAAGCCUCGCAUGUCCAACAUCUCCUUCAUCAUCAUCCACUUCGCUGACAAGGUGGAGUAUCAGUGUGAAGGCUUCCUGGAGAAGAACCGGGACACGGUGUACGAGGAGCAGAUCAACAUCCUGAAGGCCAGUCAGUUCCAGCUGGUUGCAGAUCUGUUUCAUGACAAGGACGACGUGGCCCCCCAGAAGUCCUCCAGAGUGAGCGUCAGACCAGCAAAGCCGGCUCCCAGGGGCCCCAACAAAGAGCACAGGAAGACCGUGGGGCAUCAGUUCCGCAGCUCCCUGCACCUCCUCAUGGAGACCCUGAACGCCACGACUCCUCACUACGUCCGCUGCAUCAAGCCCAACGACUUCAAGGAGGCCUUCUCGUUCGAUUCCAAGCGUGCGGUGCAGCAGCUCCGAGCCUGUGGAGUUCUGGAGACGAUCCGGAUCAGUGCAGCCGGGUACCCAUCCAGGUGGACGUACCCAGACUUCUUCAGCCGGUACCGAGUGUUGCUGAAGAAGUCCGACAUGACGGCCGACAGGAAGCUGGUGUGUAAGACGCUGCUGGAGACGCUGGUCAAGGAACCCGACAUGUUCCAGUUCGGGAAGACGAAGAUCUUCUUCCGGGCGGGGCAGGUGGCGUACCUGGAGAAGCUCCGGGCCGACCGGUUCCGCUCGGCCUGCAUCAAGAUCCAGAAGACGGUGCGCGGCUGGCUGCAGAGGGUCCGGUACCGCAAGGUCCACAAGAUGGCCGCCACGCUGCAGAGAUACGGCCGGGGAUACCUGGCCCGCAGGCACGCUGACUUCCUGCGUUUGAGCCGAGCCGCCCUCGUCUGUCAGAAGCAGUUCCGCAUGGCGAGAGACAGACGGGCGUUUCUGAGAGAGAGACGGGCGGUGGUCACCAUCCAGGCCUUCACCAGGGGCAUGUUCACCCGCCGGAUCUACCACGAGUUCCUCCUGCACCACAAGGCGCUGCUGAUCCAGAAGACGGUGCGCGGCUGGCUGCAGCGGCGGCGCUUCCUGCGGGCGCGGCGCGCGGCGGUGACGGUGCAGUGCUCCUUCAGGCAGCUGCUGGCCCGACGGAGGCUGCAGCAGAUGAAGGUGGAGGCUCGCUCAGCGGAGAGGCUGAAGAAGCUGAACACGGGGAUGGAGAACAAGAUCGUCCAGCUGCAGAGGAAGAUGGACGACAAGUCCAAGGAGCUCCGGACCCAGAACGACCAGCUGCUGCAGGUGAACAGCGGUUUGGGCUCCGAGGUCAACAAGCUGCAGAAGCAGCUGGAGCAGGUGAAGAGUCGCCAGGUAGCAGGGGGAGGAGCCGGGGGAGGAGCUCAGAUCUCCUCCCUGCAGGAGGAGCUGGACAGGCUGAGGGAGGAGCUACAGGAAGCGUCGGCCCAGAGGAAGAGGAUGGAGGAGGACCACGGCAACGAGAAGAUGAGUCUCCAACAGCGGGUGGAGCAGCUGGAGACGGAGAACGCUGAGCUGAAGAGGGAGAAAGAAGAGAUGAACCAGAGGUCUGGAGAGGGCAGCACUGAGGCUCAGGAGGCGCUGCAGAAGGAGCUGGAUGAUGAGAGGCAGCGCUACCAGAACCACCUCAACGAGUUCACCAGGCUGGAGCAGAGGUACGACAACCUGAAGGAGGAGCUGUCUCUGAGCAAGUUCCAACCCGGCCACCGGAGGAACCUGUCCAACCUGAGCAGCCAGGAGUCGGACUCCAACUACCCGUCCGUCUGCAGCUCGGAGGUGGGAGACACCGAGGACUCCAUCCAGCUGGUGGAGGAGAUGGGCGUGGAGAAGGCAGCGAUGGACAUCGGUCUGUUCAUGAAGCUGCAGAAGAGAGUGAGAGAGCUGGAGCAGGAGAGGAAGAGGCUGCAGCUCAGCCUGGAGAAGAUGGAGGCGCUCGGCAAGCGCAGGGACUCCAGGAGUUCCCCCUCGGAGCAGGAGAUGGCUGACCAGGUCUACAACAACCUCAAGAGACAGGAGCUGGAGUCUGAGAACAAGAAGCUGAAGAACAACCUGAACGAGUUGAGGAGGUCCAUCGCCGAGCGAGCGUCCCAGAGCGACUCGCCCAAUGAGCUGCAGGACGGCUACAACGUGCUGCUCAGCCAGCUGCGCUCGGCCAAUGAGGAGCUGGACGGUCGCAAGGAGGAGGUCCUUAUCCUGAGGACGCAGCUCGUUAGCCACGCCCAGCAGCAGGAGGAGAGGGAGCUCGUGGAAAGCAGUAAAGUUCCUGAAGUGAACAGCAGCAACGAGCCGGUGGACAAAGAGGAGGCGUUCAAAGCCUAUCACGGGCUGUGUGAGUCCAAAAAUUCCCGGCAGGACUGGUGUUCUCUGAAUGAAGAUGGAGAGCUGGGUUUGGCUUACCAGGGCCUCCAACAAGUGUCCAGGCUGCUGGAGGCCCAGCUGCAGACCCAGGCCCGGCAGCACCGGGACGAGCUGGAGGCCCUGCACACGCAGAUCGAGCUGCUGAGGGCCGACAUCGAGAAGAAGCAGGAGCUCCUGAACUACACGGCCGCGCUGUCCCCGGAGGCCAGGGUGGAGUACAGCAUCCAGCAGGAGAUCACCAGGCUCACCAACGACAACCUGGACCUCAAGGAGCUGGUGGAGAAGCUGGAGAAGAAUGAGAAGAAACUAAAGAAGCAGCUCAGGAUCUACAUGAAGAAAGUCCAGGAGUUAGAGGCUGAGAGGUCCUGUUGGUUCCAGAAGAAUAACGCGGACUUUGAGAUGACGUCCUUCUGGCUGGCCAACACCAGCCGGCUGCUCCACUGCCUGAAGCAGUACAGCGGAGACGAGGUGUUCAUGACCCAGAACACCAGCAAGCAGAACGAGCACUGCCUGAAGAACUUCGACCUGGCCGAGUACCGACAGGUGCUGAGCGACCUUUCCAUCCAGAUCUACCAGCAGCUCAUCAGGGUGGCCGAGGAAGUCAUCCAGCCCAUGAUCGUGUCGGCCAUGUUGGAAAGUGAGAGCAUCCCCAGCCUGGCGGGAUACAGGAAACGCUCGUCCAGCAUCGACUUCAACGGAGGCAGCAGCUACACCCUGGAGGCCCUGAUCCGCCAGCUGGGUCAGUUCCACAGCACCAUGCAGGACCACGGUCUGGACCCCGAGAUCGUGGGUCAGGUGGCGCGACAGCUCUUCCACUGCAUCAACAACUACACCCUCAACAACCUGCUGCUGCGGAAAGACGUGUGCUCCUGGAGCACCGGCAUGCAGCUCAGAUACAACACCAGUCAGAUGGAGGAGUGGCUGCGGGGGAACAACCUGUUCCAGAGUAAAGCUGCAGCCGCCCUGAACCCCAUCAUCCAGGCCGCUCAGCUGCUGCAGGUCAAGAAGAAGACGAGCCAGGACGCCGAGGCCAUCUGCUCGCUGUGCACCGCCCUCAGCACGCAGCAGAUCGUGAAGAUCCUGAACCUCUACACUCCUCUGAACGAGUUUGAAGAGAGAGUCACCGUGGCCUUCAUCAGGAGCAUCCAGAACCGUCCUCCGCAGAGCACCGACCCGCCUCAGCUGCUGAUGGACACCAAGCACAUGUUCCCCGUCCUCUUCCCGUACACGCCGUCUGCUCUCAGCCUGGAGACGCUGCAGAUCCCCGCCUCCCUCGGCCUGGACUUCCUCAUCAGGGUCUGAAGGAUCUGCUUUCCUCCACUUGGACCAGCUUCCAGCAAACUGACCUCACAUCAGCUUUAAAGCAGUAGCAGACGCUUUCCUACGGCUGUUCAGAUGCGUUCACCAAGGUCAGCUUCAUGUGCCUCAGCAGGCGGGAUCGGCCCUACCGCUCCUCUUCCGCUCCCUCGGGAAACGAGACGCGGCAGGAAGUGUGCAAGGAACAGGAAGUGAUGGAAGGAACAGGAAGUGGUGGAAGGAACAAGUGUGGACAGAACAGGAAGUGUCCCGCAGGACGAAGAAGGCCAGGGUGGAGAUUCAGGAGAGAUUCACCAACACAUAAACAUAAGGAUUGUUUAUCGAUGGCUUAUUGGUCAGAACAUUAUUCAUAUUCAUAAGUUCUCUUGAGGAUCGUCGGCUCACUUCCUGUGUUUGUUCUCGUUCUCCCAUCCACACAUGCGAGUUGCAUUCAGGUGUCCAUGUGAAACCCAGGACUGUAAAGUCAUAUGUGAUAUGCAGUCUGAGGCUCGUGUCUCAUGUGUCUGUGAAUAAACGAUGACAUCAUCAGUCGGGUUAUUAAAGGUGAUUAAAGGUCACUGCUGCACAUUUUGAAUCCAUCAGAAGAAAUCAAUGCUUUAUUUUCACUUUGAUUAUUAUACUUUUCUUUUUAUAUUUUUGUAUAACUUAAUUGUACUUGUGUGUUCUUUCCCUUCUUUUUCUUUCUCGUGUGAUUUUGGAAAAUAAUAUCUUGACAAUAAUUAAUAAUAAGUACUAAACGCUCAGCGACAGGUUCACUGACUGUGGUUUAUGGGAUUAUCCAAUUUUAGACUUUCAUAAUUAUUAAGACACUAUUAUCACACUUAUUAUUAUCACACUUAUUGUUAACACUAAUUAUUAUCACACUUAUUAUUAUCACACUUAUUGUUAACACUUAUUAUUAUCACACUUAUUAUUAUCACACUAAUUAUUAAUACUAAUUAUUAUCAUACUAAUUAUCACAAAAUGAAGAACUUCACUGCAGACGGUUUGAAUCUUAGAACAAUUAAUAUAUAUUUUCAUACGGUUGUUUUGUAUCAUUGAUUCAGUUUUCUUUCUCUUAAUGAAGCACGAAGUAAAUUCCUUUUUUUCAAAAUAACUUCCUGUAUUUCAAAGUAAAGGUUUUCUGGCUGAGUCGUGGUUGAAUCCUCUUUGGUGUCACAUAAUCAAUAAAUCAGAGGUUUUUUUUUACAGUAAAUGCUAAAUUCUACAAUUUCCUUUAAAAACAGUUUCCCUCGACAAUAAAACUUUGAAAUUAU